AUGGCCUCUCCCACUGCCGUCCCGGCAACCCCUCGCGUGAUCUCCCCGACACCAUCUGUCUCCGAUCCGUCAGAAGGCCCUGAUGGAUACUUCGCACCAGUGACACGUUCAGCAGCUCGGCGGCAGCGCACUGAAACACCAGGGUCGAGUUCCAGCUCAGCACGUGCGCCGAGGUCCUCUACAACACCAUCCGCGCGCACCCGCCGAUCAAACCCUAAGAUACCCGCUUCACCGCCGCAUUCACCAAAUGGAACCGCCUCGAAGGACUACUUGUCACCAUUGAGCAUUCCGGAAGCGCUGCGCGACUUGUCAAGAUCGCCAUCGCCCCUCGGACUGAUCCCCCUCCACUCGCGCUACCGGAGUUUCAUUCACCGCCAUGAAAUCCCCCGCAAGCUCUUGCACGUGUCAAUAGGAUUCCUUACUCUGUCCUUAUAUACCCAAGGCAUUCAGACACUGCAGAUCACGCCUGUGUUAUUCACUGCGUUGGUGCCCAUCGCGGCAACCGACCUGAUGCGUCACCGCUCCGAGAAGCUCAACAAGAUCUAUAUCCGCUGCAUGGGUGCUCUCAUGCGCGAGACCGAGGUCAGCGGCUACAACGGUGUGAUUUGGUACCUCCUUGGAGCGUAUGUGGCCCUUCGAUUCUUCCCUAAGGAUGUUGGCGUCAUGAGUGUGCUCCUGCUUAGUUGGUGUGACACUGCUGCCUCCACAUUCGGCCGUCUUUACGGCCGUUAUACCCCUCGCCUUCGACCAGGAAAGAGUCUGGCUGGCACUCUGGCCGCUUGGUUUGUGGGUGUGGCCACAGCUGCUGCAUUCUGGGGCUGGUUCGUGCCCUACAUCGGAGCCUUCCCCAAUGACCCGGAAGACGCCUUCAUGUUCACGGGUCGCUUGAACCUGCUGCCGAACUGCAUCCGUGGUCUCUUGGGAUGGGAAGCGAGUGACUCGGCAGUCAUCACUGGUCCUCUGGCCCUUGGAGUUAUGAGCGUUGUUUCUGGCGUUGUUGCCGCCGGCAGUGAAUUCAUCGAUCUGUUCAGCUGGGACGACAACCUCACCAUCCCCGUGCUCAGUGGAAUUGGACUUUGGGGCUUCUUGAAAGUCUUUGGUUAG